AUGGAAUUAAUUAUAGUCGCAACUCUCUUUGUAAUCGUUAUUACUCUGAUAUACAUCUAUUUGAAACGUGCUUACUCUCCAUCACCUGGUGAUCUACCAGGAGUGAAACCGCAUAUAUUUUUUGGUAAUCUAAUAAAUUCUGGUAUAUGGACAGGUGAAUCAGCAUUUCAUCAAGUCUUACUCGAUUAUCAACAUCAUUUUGGUGACAAAUUCCAAUAUUGGUUGGGUUCGCAUCGAUGUUUAGUUUUCUGUAGAAUAGAACAUGCACAAACAAUAUUUGCCGAUCGUUAUACUUUCGACAACUCACCAUUAAACAAUUCAAACUUUGAUCUUUUUUGUCCAAAUAGUCUUUUACUGUUGACUGGUGCUAAAUGGAAACGACAUAUGCGAAUUUUGUUACCGAUGUUGAAACUAGCAAAGAUUAUCGGUCAUUUAGAGACGAUUGUUCAAUGUGCUGAUCGUUUUAUUGAUCAAAAUCUUCAUUCUGGUCAAAUUCAUCGAGAUUUACUCUCAUGCUGUGAAUCACUUACAAUGAAUGUCAUCGGAUUCGUUGCAUUCGGCUGCGAUUUCGAUAUCCAUGCUAAUUCACAAAUAAAAAAAGCUGUACAUGAUUUUGAAUCCUAUGUCAGGUGGCUAUCGCCAUUACCCUGGAUAUUUCGAUGGUUAGGAAAAAUCUAUUUGAAAUAUAAUUGGAAAUAUCAACGUGCCUCUCGAUUGUUUCAUGGAUUGGCACAAAAGUUGGUCGAAGAAGAACAAAACAAACAAAGUGAAAUGGAAAAUGAACCACCGAAGAAUCUCAUUGCUGCAUUGGUUUCAUCAUUGAAUGAAGAAGCCAACGAUGAACAAGUUUCAUCUGGUCUAACAAGUGCAGAGAUUUUCGAUGAAAUUUUGACGAUGAUCCUAUUUGGAUAUGAAGGGAUGCCACCUGCUCUAUUAUGGUUCAUAUUUUUCGCAAGUAAAAAUCCUCAAGUGCAACAAAAGAUGAAAGAGGAAUUGCGUGAACAUCAUCUUCUGAUGACAAAUAAUCUCAAAUGUGUACCACCACUAACGGCAAACAAUUUAUCUUCACUAACCUAUUGUGAAUGUGUGAUAAAAGAGGUUUUACGUUUGGCUCCUGUCAUUGAAUAUACAAUCCGUAUAGCAACUUGUGACACCAUCGUUGAUGAUGUGAAGAUUCAUCGUGGUCAAAAUGUUUUUAUUCCUUUGCAUAACAUCAAUACUGAUGCUCGCUAUUGGCAUCAUGCUGAUCCUCAACAAUUUGUACCAGAAAGGUUUCUGGCUGAAGAUAAAAAUCAUCAUCCAUUAGCGAUGAUUCCAUUCGGUGGUGGACAUCGAGCAUGUGUCGGAGAAAAAUUAGCUUGGCUUCAGUUGAAAACAAUCAUUGUUCGAAUGAUGCAACGUGGAUUAAAUUAA